UCCCAUCCACAGAGCAGUAAACAACGAACAGCGCUUAGUGCCACAUCACGGAAUCUUAUCGCUCUCGUUCGUUGGUUCGUUCCAAUAACCAAAAACCCAACCAAAACCGACAAGCCCGAGACCAGAAACCCGGACCCCCGAGCAAAUACGAAGCUGUCUCGGCUGCAGAACAAACAAGUCAUCUAGUAGCGUGCUGCAGCAACAAUAACAAUAGCAACAGCAACACCAACAGAACAGAAAUCGAGACACAUAGUACUGGGGCGACCAGGUGAACCAGCUUCAAAAGGAGUUACACACACACCCGUUUACUAGCUCUCUCUGACGCACGAUCUUUGUGGCGAGAGAGAGGCCACCACACAGCGCAAUUGGCUGAGUGUGAAGGCUGCUGCGCAGUUUGCAGAAAAGAGGAAUAGGAGGAGGAGGAGAUAAGGAAGGAGCAGAAAACUAGUUAAAAGUUACUUAAAACUACUAUUGAAAUGGCAGCUAUAGCGGCAUUACCAACGGCGACGCUGCGGCGAAACAAUAACAACAAAGGGGUCAAAUCCCGUCGCAAUGAACGCAAUAUUUUAACUUUUUACGAAAAGAUUGCCGUGAUCCGUUACUACGAGGAGACAAAUAUCUCAAGGAACAGUCUGGCCAAGAUGUUCCACUGCUGCGCCACCCAAAUACGUCGCAUCCUGGACAAGAAAAAGGACCUGCUCCAACAAUUGGCUAGCUUGAGCGAAGCGGAUGCCUCUAUUAUAAUUGAGGAGAUGACUCGCAAGCGUCGCAAGUUUGAGAUGAGCGCCAUUAGUUUCCUUUUGCACGAGUGGGUGGAAAGAUGCAUCCAACUCCAUUUGAACAUCAGCAUAAGGAACCAAAAACUGAAGGAAACGGCUUUGCGGAUGGCGGCGGUUUUGAACCUGCCAUCGUUUAGACCAUCCUAUCGCUGGCUAAACCGAUUCCGUGGAAAGUACAAGUACGAGGCGGAUGAGCUGGGCUACCAAGGCGAGAAUCCCUUAAAUCAGGAUCUGCCCGUCGAGGAAAUCAUUGUGGAGUUUAAGCAUGCACUACCAAACUUCAUGCAACGGGAGCUGGCUGAUCCGGCUGAAGACGCUAGCAAGGGACUGCUCAAACCCGACUUUGUUAAUCUUUCCAGUGAGAACAGUCUGAUGUCCGAUCACCUCGAGGAGGAUGAUGAAGUGGAGAUGGUAACCUGUGAACCCAGCAUGAUGCCCUCGCCAGCCAGCUCACCAGAGGAAGAGGAGGAAGUUUUCUCGCCGCAGGAAGACCAGGAAAGCCCGGAUGAUGAUCAGAUGAACGCCGGCACCAGCACCCUCCUAAAUGGCGUAUUCCCCCAUCUGGCCAUUAUCCAUCAGUUCGCUCUGAUGAACUCAGACAUCCAGGCACUGGAGCUCAUAUCUCAGCUUGGCGUCCACAUGCAGCAACAGGCUGUCUCAGGAGCGUAUCACACCCUGUCGCUGGCGACGAGCGGAGAAGGUCAAACGGAUUCGGGGACGAAUUCCCUGCCCGAACUGCCACCGGGCAGCAUCUAUGCGGACAUCGAUGACAUCGAGUUGAUCGAGUAGGAGUCACCAAAUACCAACUGAAACUAAGCUAGCCUAAGCCUCAAUGCCAUAAAAAGUCGUUUGUUAUUUAUGAUUAUUUCAAAACACUUAAUAAAAGUACUUAAUAAGA